CUUCCAUCCACAGCAUUUCAUCCAUCUCCUUCUCCAGGGUCAUGACUGCCCUCCCCUCCCCCCUCUCCCCACCUUUUCCACACAUUAACAUAUAUACUACCCACACACCUCGCUCUCAUCCCACAGCCAAUAAGGACCUGAUGAGCUCAAGUAUCACUAUAACACAAGGACUUAUUCUCUGAGCGGAGCCUGUAGAUUCUUACAGACCUUCAUCUUCAUCGUCGGAGGAGCUUCUCUUCCUCUCUGAGGUGUGAAGUCUGCUGUCACCAUGUCUGACACUGAGGAACUGGAUCAGGUCGAGGACGAGGAAGCCCAGGAGGAGGUAGUAGAAGUAGAAGUAGCCCCUGAGGCGGAGGCCCAGGUAGAAGCAGAGCCAGAGGUAGAGCCUGAACCAGAACCAGAGCCAGAGCCACAGGAGGUGGUUCAUGAGGAGGAAGACGGCUAUGAAGAAGAAGUGGAGGACGGAGAUCAGGAUGAGGAGAAGCCAAAGUACAAACCCACUGCUCCGAAGAUCCCUGAUGGCGAGAAAGUGGACUUUGAUGACAUCCAGAAAAAACGUCAAAACAAAGACCUGGUUGAGCUGCAGUCGCUGAUCGACGCUCACUUUGAGUGCAGGAAGAAGGAGGAGGAGGAGCUCCUUGCACUCAAAGGAAGAAUUGAGAAGCGUCGCGCUGAACGAGCUGAGCAGCAGAGGAUUCGUGCUGAAAAAGAUAAAGAGCGGCAGGCGAGGCGGGAGGCAGAGCGCCAGAGAAAGGAGGAGGCCGACGCCCACAGGAAGGCUGAGGAUGAAGCCAAGAAGAAGAUAGCGCUGAGCAACAUGGGAUCGAGCUACAGCAGCAGCCUGCAGAGGGUUGAACAUAAGAGAGGCAAGAAGCAGACUGAAAGAGAAAAGAAGAAGAAGAUUAUGGCAGAGAGAUGCAAACCCCUGAACAUAGAUGAUUUCAGCGAGGACAAGCUGAGGGAAAAGGCGAAGGAGCUGUGGGAGUGGCUGCACAACCUGGAGGCAAUUAAAUACGACCAAAGCGAGGCGCUCAAGAGACAGAGAUAUGAGGUGAUCUCUCUCAGAAACCGCAUCGAUGAGCUGCAGAAACACAGCAAGAAGGGAGCCGCCUCGCGCCGCAGGAAGUGAGUGGCUCCUGAGUGUCGGUCAGCCCGGACAGGAGGCGCGUCCCCUCGGCUACAACAGUGACUCAGACCCUGUAGACACCCACAGCUCCAAAACAAAGGCAACAGCUGGCAACAGCUGGCAACAGUCUCACUGCCUGUGUCUGCUUGAGUGAAAUGGGUUUCUGGAUGAUUUUGGCUCCAAUAAAGAAAUGUUUAAAAAUGUAAUCACUGUGUUUGUGUAAAAAAGAUUCAGAGAAUAAAAUGAAGAAUUAUUAAUCCUCCA